AUGAAAGCUCUGCCAAUCCUCUUCCCUCUCAUUCCUUCAACAACUUUCGGACUCAACACAAACUUCGGUUAUCCAAUUGCGCCCACUAACUCGAGACAAUUGAUCAAUAAUCCAAACAAGACUACAUUAUCUUUUCAUCACCAAACGGUUUCUAGUUUCGGGCACAGUGAGACGGGAACUUUCAACAAUACUAUAUUCAACACAUCCGUCACACCUCCUGAAUUAGAUCCCGAGACGGAUCCGUGCAUUGCUCUUGAUUCCCCUGACGACGACUAUUAUGAAUUCAUUCUGGUACCCAACACAAAAACAAUUACACUUGCUAGCAAUGCAACAUAUACCCCAAUACCAGAGUUUACACCUCCAAGUUAUUGUCCACCGGGGAUAUCACCAGCGUAUGAGCUACCAUCAUUUCCAUUUGGCAACGAUACCGACCCGAAUCUGAUAGAGUCAAAUGAAACAAGUACAGGAGAAUAUCUAACACUGUCGCCAUUAGCGUCUCCCAGUUAUUCACAAAUAAGGACGACAACCGUUGUUGUUACAAGCAAGAAUCCACAGGUUGUUUUUGCCUCUUAUACUCCACCACAUUUCCCUGGAAUUCAAGUAACAAGAAUUGGAAAGCCAUCUACACCGACUUUCACGUCAACUUCUAUACCAGGCUCUUCGGGUGAAGCAGUUAGCCCCGAAUCAAACAGUGUAGAGAAUCCUGAAGCAGAAUCUAACGAUGAUAUUGCAUCACCUUCGUCUUCUAAAACUUCAGUGGUAGUCCUUGGAGUCCCAGUUAUCUUGACACCGAGCAAUGUUAUUAUAAAUGGACAUACGAUUCAAAGACAAAAAUUCACCUUUAACCAUUAA